AUGUAUGGGCUCUUCUAUGACAUCAAUGUUGACUACGCGUCUAUUCUUUGGGAAGAUUUCCUCAAUUUUCUCCCUGCCUCAAAGAAUAAGUUUUUGAUUCAUCAUCCUCGUUGGCGGUCUAUCAUUAUUCAUGAUGCCAUCCAUAAUAGUAAUCUUGCACCGGGAUCGAUUCGAGAAGGCCCACAGCCACAUAUCUUGUUCGUCUCUGAUGUUAAUCUUGGAGCAGAUUUAGAGGAACCCACAUCUCUUCCUAAAUCUGGUACAACCUCUAAGCCAUUCUCUUUAUUAGAUUCCUUGUUUCAAGCUCCAUCUGAUUAUGAUGAACCAUCCUCUUCAGCUCCAGUUUCACCAGUAGGCAUUCAGUCGGUUCUAAAAAGUCCAAGCUAUCACAUCUCCUUGGAUUAUGACUCACUUGAGGACGAUGACCAAGAUGAUGAUAAGAAAUCCGAACCUGAAACUUUUCCUAAAAGCUCUCCUGUACAAGAUAAUCACGGUGAGGAUACUCCAAUGCAAAUGGUAGAUAUUCCUUCCAGUGAAGGACUAAUAGUCGAUAAUGACCCAAACGACAUGUCCAUUGUCCUUUACUCCAACGGAUCUACCAGGACUUUCAGCAUUGAUCUUGAUGACUAUUCUCCUCCAACUCCAAAAGAGUCUCGAAAAAAGGAUGACGUUCAAGAACCAAAUUUCUCCUCCUUUCAACAAGAUCCUCUUCAGGACGACGGUACUCUUAAAGAAACAGAUGAAGUUAAUACCAAAAAACCAUAG